AUGUUUCCUGAGGAGGCUUAUCCAGAUGUUGGUUCGAUUCAUACAUGGCGAGGCAUAUUUAUCCUCUCUAUCACUUGCGGCGCCCAGCUUAUUGACAAUGUUUUCAUGACAGCGGUCAAUCUAUCGCUUCCAAAGGUUCAGGAUGAGUUCGACGUUUCUUCUGGGGAUCUGCAGUGGUUGCUUUCAGCGUACACACUUACGUUCGGCGGGUUCCUACUAUUCUCCGGCGUUCUAGCCGAUCGGUAUGGCAGACAAAUGAUCUUCAGUGUUGGGAUGCUCUGGCUUUCUAUCUGGACCCUCGCUAUUGGUUUUGGAAACUCGUUCAUCCAGGUCGCGAUUUUUCGUGCGCUUCAGGGUAUAGGUGCAGCGAUGACGGUCCCUUCUGCCAUCGGAAUCAUCAGUUCCUAUUUUGUUGCUAGCGAACGGGCUGUCGCUCUCACUUUCUUUGGAGCGAGUGGCGCCAUCGGCUUCGCCGCAGGACUACUUUUUGGUGGCUUCGUGACAGAAGCACUAGGCUGGAGAUAUAUAUUCCGGAUUGCAGUAGUAGCUACUACUCCGCUGGGCAUUCUGGGGUGGUUUUGUUUGCCUAACGAUCGCCGAGAAGGCAGUGCACGGCCAAGUCUAGAUUUUGUUGGAGCGGGGCUGUCCACGUCCGGCUUGAUUCUAUUGUCUUUCGUCCUUUCAAGUGGAGGUGAGUAUGGAUGGAAUAAGGCGUUCAUUAUCGCAUUGUUAGUCAUUUCGGUCGUCAUGCUUGGUGUAUUCACAUUCGCAGAAAAGAAAGUCAGGAACUCUAUCAUGCCGCUGUCGCUCUGGAAGAUCAAGAAUUUUGCGCCUCUUUGGGUUACAGGCUUCUUGGUUUAUGGGAGUUACCAAACAGUUACAUACUACGUCGUACUGCAAGCACAGGAAGUCGCGAAACUCUCGCCAGGCGCGACGGCGCUGCGAUUCCUCCCAAUGGGCGCGGCAGGAUUGACAACGAACAUGGUUAUUGCCAAAUGGAUGAAACAGAUGAACAUGCGGUACCUCAUGACAGUGGGUGGAGUGAUCACUCUGAUUGCGCCCAUCCCAGCGAGUCUGAUGCCAGAAGACAAACCUGAUUUCUGGCGAUAUAUUCUUCCCACUUCAAUCAUGGUCGUCACUGGAGUCAGCAUUUGUUACAUCUGCACUACGAACAUUAUGCUUGAGUCUGUGCCAACGAACGUAAAAUCUCUGUGUGGCGGUCUCAUUAAUACAGCCUUUCAAAUCGGUUCCGGAGUCAGCCUUGCCUUAGCAUCGGCUAUCGUGAACGCAGUCGACAUAAAGAAAGGCCAUAGCGAGGCAAAGCAGUUUCAAACUGGCUUGUUCUGUUGCAUCGAACUUUCCCUUAUCGGCCUGAUUGUCUCACUCUUCGGAAUGCGUGGUCUACGCAGCCAGCUCGGUGGUAGCGCUACGAUGCAUUGA